AUGGCGGCAGUCCCAGCCAUGUGGGGCUCCACCUGCAGCACAUGGAAUAUCAAGAUCUUUGGAUCAGUAUUUUUUCCAGGCUUUUACUGUGUGGUGUUCGUGUUCGGCUUGGUGGGAAACAGCUUGGUCAUCUGUGUUCUGGUAGUUUGCAAGAAAUUGACCAGCCUGAGUGAUGUCUAUUUGCUGAACCUCGCCAUUGCUGGCCUGCUUUAUGUUUUCUCCAUCCCCUUCCUGGCUCAUUAUGCUUCAGGCCAAUGGACUUUUGGAAACGCAAUGUGUAAAUUAAUAUGUGGAAUUUACUACAUUGGUUUCUACAGCAGCAUUUUCUUCAUAACCCUCAUGAGCAUAGACAGGUACUUAGCCAUCGUCCACGCUGUGUACGCUCGGAAAGUUCGAACAACCCUGCUCAGCAUUAUUAUAAGCCUGGCCAUUUGGUCAGUGGCCAUUUUAGCUUAAAUACCAAAUAUCUUCUUUAUCCAAGAAUUUAAUGAAGAUGGCAUUGUGAAGUGUGCUUCUUAUUACCACUAUAAUAACCAUUGGAAACUUUUAACCAAUUUUGAAGUCAAUAUAUUGGACUUCUUGAUCCCAUUUGGCACUCCCAUUUUCUGCUACUCCCACAUCUUGUAAAACCUGCAGAGAUGCGUGAACCGAAACAAUAUAAAGCUGUUUUUUGUUGUUGUAGUUGCGUCUUUCCUCUUCUGGGCGCCCUUCAACAUUGCACUUUUUCUGGCUUCUUUGCAAAGCCUGCACAUCAGAGAUGACUGCGAGACGAGCAAAAACCUAGACCUGUCCCUGCAGGUGACUGAAACCAUCUCCUUCAGCCACUGCUGCCUGAACCCAGUGAUCUACGCUUUUGUGGGUGAAAAGUUCAAGAAAUACCUUUAUGAAAUAUUCAGAAAACAUGCAUGA